AUGCCAGAUUAUUACAAAUGCGUUGAAGCCUUUCGAAGAAGAGCAUCGAUCAAGCACCAACAAUCACUGAGUAGGAGAUACAAAAGAGAUGAACAUCACGAAAAUCAAAAUCCCUUCGAUCAGCUGCAUCCACAGAAUACAAAGGACAGUUGUACACUGUUUCCAAUUUUUGAGAAAUGUGCUAUGGCAGGCACUGAAGAACAUCCGGGUUUGAAACGCCUAUGUACAAAGUGUCAACGUAUCUACCGAGUCAGUUUGAACUGCUAUCCAAGAUUUGUGAAUGCAGCAACAUGCAGUGAUCACGUGAGAUGCAUAUUCAAUAAUGAAGGUAAGCCCCAAGGCACUGGAAAGCCAGAAGUGUUGCCUAUGUAUUUGUUACGAAACGUUGGAAAUGAUUCAUGCCAUAACCACAAAACCGAAGAAUUUGAGUUACCAGUUACUUGCCAGUGCUUGCUCUACACGCAUUCAGACUUGCAACCCUAG